AUGAAUCCAGACAAUUUAGAGAAUUUAACACCCAAUGAUUUAAUUGGAAUUUAUGCAGACUAUAUCGAUGCGCUUAGAUGCAUAUAUCAACUCACACCAGACAAUGUAGAAAACACUUUUAUCAAGGUUAAAGAUAUCUUACUAAACAAAUAUAAAUUUGAUAUUGACAAUAUUUUUCCAAUAGUUGUCAGAGCUUUAUAUCUGAGAGACAGUUACAUGAAAUCAUAUUUGCAACUUUACGAUUUGAUUAACAGUCUAGACAAUUAUGAACAUCUAAGAAGAAAUGUUUAUAGGUUCAAAGAUAUUAUUACAGCAAUCGAAAAUAACGAAAUCAUAACUAAUGAUCAAUACUUUGAACUUUACAAACCAAAUUCAAUAUUCAAUGCAAUCAUGAAUGAUGAUGUUACCACAUUGGCUUAUAUCACCAAUCAGCCUGAUUUUAACAUUAACAUAACAAUAGAAAAGGAUUUUUUUGGCAAAAAUUCAAAUAUCAAUCUUUUGGAAGCAUGUUCAUAUUAUGGUUCUGAAAAAUGUUAUUUGUAUUUACGAGAAAACAAUAAUUUUGAACCUUCUAACCUUUCAAUUGCACUUUCAUUUUUAGGUGGAAAUCCAAGGAUAAUAAACGAGUCAUUACCAUUAAUAGAAGAAGAUAAUUUAGAUAAAUGUGCUGAGUAUGUAAUUGCAUCACACAACAUCGAUUUCUUAAUCUAUCUCAUUAAUAACUUUGAAUUAAGCAAAAUGGUAUUAGAUCAUAUGAUAAGACAUAUGUGUCAUUAUUGUAAUCUUGAAGCACUUUUGAUCUUUUUAAAUUUUGGACUUAUUAAUGAAUUUGUUUAUUUAAUAUACAGAUUUAGUAAUGACGAUUUAGCCUUAUAUUUCUUUAAGAAAUUCAAGGAAAGCGCAAUAAAGAGAUUUCCUAUUUUCUCAGCGAUGCAAGAUCGUUUGUCGAAAACUGUAAAAUAUGCCAUCGAAUGUGGAUUUAAUAUUGAGGAAACAAAUGAUAUACAAAAGGGUAUUCUUCAUUAUGCUGCAGAAUAUGAUUUGAAAGAAAUAGUUGAACUUGCAAUGUCAAGGAAAUUAGAUAUCAACAAGAAGGAUGACAAUGGAUAUACUCCACUUCAUUACGGAGUUCGGACUGGAAAAGACAUGGUUGGGUUACUAAUUUCAUAUGGCGCAGAUGUGAAUGCCAAAACAAAUAGAAAUCAAACUCCUCUUAUACUUGCACAUGGAAAUAAAGAUAUAGUAGAGAUUCUCGUUUCACAUGGAGCAGUUGUUAAUAAAAAAUAA